AUGGAGGCUCUCCUGGAGGAGCUGAGGCGAAGCCAGGACCGGCUUCGGAAGGAGGUGCUGGCUGGCCAGGCAGCGAUCCUCUGCGAGCUUCGGAGCCUGCACCACUACUGGAAGCAGCAGCUGGGAGCGGUGCAAGGUUCGAGGGCGGAGGUCUCCGCGGAGGUCUCCGCGGAGCCGGUGUCGAAGGUCUCUGAGGAAGCGGUCGAAAGAAAGCUCUCCGAGGGACUCCAGGACUUCACCGACUCCAUCGUGCGCGCCCCGCGUCGCCUCUGCGCUUGCACGCUGGCGGUGCCUGGCGGUGCCUUGAGGACGCCCAUCGCGACCUCUGGCAUUGCAAGGUCUGAGAGAAGCGUCCGCUUCGAUCCGGAGCCGCCCUCGCCGUCUCCUAGUGAGUUCCAUGGCGAUGCAGCGCACGCCGAACCCGAAAAAACGUGGAAAGAGGCCGAGGCCAAAGUUGCCAAAGCUGCCAAAGCGGCUGUGCCGCUGGUCACAGGCGGAUCGGCCAGCGUCUCGGGGCUCUCUGUUUCGACCUCCGAGCCUCCGACGAAAGACCCACGCCAGCAGGAAGAAAAAGAGGCCCAACGCCGAGGAACGCCACGGCUGCUCAUAAGGAUGCCUCAUAAGAGCAUGAGCCGGUGUAGAGUCCUUUGA